AGGCUGUACGUUUAAUUUUGUAUCUCAUUGUGCUGUUGGCGGUACAACAUGUGGCUUAUUUAUUGGGUUAUAUUGGCUUCCCUUCUUGGUUGCACUAAUGCUCUUCAAUCCACCACUGGAAGGGAAUUUGUCAUUGGAUUUCUGAGCUGGCGUCCUCGGGUUGACUGCAGUUUAAAUCUAGAUAUUGCCUCUAGUACAAAUGGGAACGUUGAAGUAUACGUACCAUAUCGGGGAAUAAAUACCACCAUCUCAUUCAAUAGAACAUUCUCAACUUCGUUCAGCGAUAGUCUUUCUGCUAUUCGGCACUUAGAUAGGUCGAACCGGUGUUUAUAUUAAAUCAACAGUUGAUAUUUCGGUUUACGUUACCACAUAUUAUCAUGGUGUAAGUGAAGAGACAUACCUAUGCCUGCCUGUUCAAUCUCUUGAAAGGGUAUAUUAUAUUUACUAUUUAUGGUGAUAUCAGCGUUUGCGAACACUGAGGUUAAUAUAUCAUUUCCUAACGGCACAUCGAUAUCAAAUACACUAAACUGGCUGGACAUCUAUCAGGAAGCGUCCGAUUCAAGCGAUCCAACUAUCGUCCAGUCAAGUAAACCCGUAUCUGUUGUGAGCGGAGCGUCAUGUGUACAAAUCUCUAAACCAACCGGUAAUUGUGAUAUGGUUGUUGAACAAAUGAUUCCAAGUAAUGCCUUUCAAAAGCAUUUCAUCAUUCCGCCCAUCCUGUCCAACCAAUUCAUGGUUCGUAUAUUCAGUAGUCAUAGUAAUAACACGGUAUGUGUUAAAGACGCACUGGUUGAAAAUUGCACCAAGAUGGGUGCAAAUCAAUGGUUGGAAUCUGCACCAAAUUAUUUGCCCUUAGUUGUCACUAGUCAGGAACCGAUAACCGUCAUACAGUACAAAAACGAUCAAGUGUACAUGACAAUAAUCCCGGGUAUUCGUCAAUUUAUGAACUCGUAUUAUUUUGUUGUACCAGAAAUCUACACAAACCACAAUCACUAUGUUUCCGUGACAAUAAUCUCUUCCACAUCGCAAUCACUUCGUCUAAACGGAAAACCACCAAAUGAUCGACUUGUUGAUACGGUUCAUGUGGAACUUCCAUUGAACAAUUAUACAGUCCUUACGUUCAGAAUUACCGCAGGAAACCAUGUGAUGACAUCGACAGAUACACAUGUUGUGUUCGGAUUAAUUGUAUUUGGAAUUUGGAACAAUGAUGGCGCAUACGGUUACCCUGCUUGGAUAAACUUUGAUAUUGACGACUGUGCAUCUAACCCCUGUCUGUAUGGUGGUACAUGUUCAAACGGUUACACCUGUAUAUGUCGAGCUGGCGUUAGUGGAAGGAACUGUGAAACCGAUAUCAAUGAAUGUGCAUCCUCCCCAUGUCUUCACGGUGGUACAUGUUCAGAUGAUGUUAAUGCUUACACCUGUACAUGCUCAGCUGGCUUCAGUGGAAGGAAUUGUGAAAUCGACUCCAACGAACAGUUGAUAUGCUACAGUUGUGAAGACAUGUCUGACCUUGAACUCUGUGAUACAGUGAAGAAAUGUGGCGACGGGGAAGUGUGUGUGGUUAAGCGAAAUCAUGCAAAGUACAUGUCGGGAUGUGCGAAUAGUUCGAUAUGUUCGACAUAUUAUCCAAGCUCAAGUAAAUGUGCAGAAUGUUGCAAUAACGACUACUGCAACGGACGUGGCUGUGGGGAUGAAGGUUUAGUCUCAAGACAACGAGGCCCAUUGUGCUACGACUGCAAUCACGUUAGAACCAUUCAGCAACGUUUGUCAAUUAGACCGUGUAAUAAACACCAGUCAUGCAGUAUCGAGGAAUGUGAAUGGCUGGAUCACACACACUUCAAGCUUGGGUGUGAGUAUUCACCGCCCUAUUGGGAACGGAUUGCAACGUUCCUUGCCGCGCUGCAAAUCGUGUUGUGACCAAGACUUUUGUAACACCACUUGCACACACCACCAAUCAAUAGGCAUAAUUGGUAAACAAUAAUAGUUUUGAAAGAAACAUUUAUUAUGCACCACAUAUGUUAGCUCUGUGCAUAAUAUCAUUGCAAAUAAAAUGUUCUUCGUGAAUUUCUGGUACAUUAGUAGAACAAAUUUUAUUACUCAAACAAUAAGAACAUUAUUCAGCAAUAACGUGUUUUCAAUCUCAUAGCCUAAACACAUGUAAAAUUAAUACAUAUCCUAAAUAUGUUCAAGUAAUGGUAGACGUGGAGCUUACAACACGAUUAUUGAAAGGUUAACAAGUAAUAAAUAAACUGUUGAAAGACAAUUUACUGUGUGUAACAAUCUUAUUUCAGCAACAAGUUCAUGCGAAGAAAAGAGCUGUGGUCUAGAUAUACAUUUUUGGAACAAAUGAAGAUUGUUAUCAUUAAAAAUAUUAUAUUUUGCGUUAAUUAUAAAUCAGUGAGUGCAAGUGUGUAUAUUUAUAUUAUACUUGCUAUACAUCAAUGUUCAUGUUCAUAUUAGUAAUAUAUAUACAUCUAUUUUCGUGUAAACCUUAGAAUGAGUAUAAGUAUUUCUCCAUUGUAUAAUUAUAGCGUAAUAAUAUAUGCUGAUUCGUUAUUACAGGAUGACACGGCAACCAUCUGACCGAGCAUUGAAAGUCUUUAUUGAGCAUGCUUAUGAAAUGUACAUACGUGCAUAUGAAGAAUAAAAGUUCAGUAUAAAAU